AUGAAUAAGGACGUCGACGAAGAUUUCCCGCUAAAAGAUAUCCUAGAGGACGUUCCUAAUGAGGGCACACAGACGCUUUUUUCGCCAAAAACAAGUUUCUCAGCAGAUGAUAAUGAGCUUGACGAGCAAGGCUUUGAUAAUGCUAUACCGGCUGUUUUGUUAUCGCCGUGCUCACGAAGGACAAGCGUUUCAGAACAAGGGCUAAAACGUGCAUGCUCUGGUGAAUUGCUUGUUCCACCAUCACCGUUUAUUGUUCCAAAAAAUAUUCCCUUGACAAAUCUAGAAGAAGACCGAGAACAAACAUGGUGUAUUUUUCCAAGAAAUUUGUCUCUUUCGUUACCUCUAACCUCUGCUAAUUCAAGCACCGAUAUCAGAUGUGAUAGUGGAUAUUCCGGAGAAUUUUUGAGCAGUCCAACGCGAGGGGAUGUCGGGGACCAACCAUGUGAAGGUGAUGGAUACUUGUUUGCGAACCAUGCGGGCUGUCGAAUGGCUCCGUUACGAGCUUCAGUAGCUUCUUUAGGUGUUCAAAACCCAGAUGAAGUCAACGAUAAAAAGAUAAAAGAGUUGCCUUUGGCAGCUUCGGUACCGAAUUUACACCAGAACAGGACUGCAGGUUGUAGGCGACCUACCGGGCAACUUUGUUGUAUACUUCGCACAAACUACACCACUUUAUCUACCCCGGCGAGUUCGGAAUGUUCCUCACCAUUUUCAAACCAAAGUUCUGAAGAUAAUUCAGAUGAGAAAGGGGAGCUUAUUUUUCCGAAUGUAGAAUUCAACUGUUCCAUAGGGGACGAGAGUGAUUUAUCUCUGUUGACAGCAACUGAUGCACCUACGCCUAAGACUUCAAGUACAGUGGUAAAGGAUCCCAUGACAUUUUUUUCUCCGAAAGAAAAAAACCGUUGCAAACAGCUCUCUACACCCAAUUUAAGUCUUGGUGAGAAAUGUGUUUCACAGUCAUUGAACUGGAAACGCAGUAAAAAAUCACUUGUUUUUGUUAACGAUUCUCUGGCAGACAAAAAAGUAAGUUCAAGGUUAAACACGGUGGACGCAAGAUCAAAUAUGGCAUCAUCAGCUUUUCUGCAUCCAGACUCAGCGCGAUGUUCUUUUGAAGAAAGUGCAGCACCCUCACUUCAUGCAAGUUGUUCAAAUCUGUCGGCCUACCAAAAAAGAAGGGCCUUUUCGCGUUCCAGGCGACCUAAACUUCAGCAUCAGUCUUUAAGUUUGCAGAGCUCUGCUUCAUCUGCAGUUGAGGAAUCAUCGAAUAAAAGUGACACCUCUUCAGUCAUUAGAAGUUUUUUAUCUCUAAUCUCUCCAUCCCGAUUACUUGCAAAGUUCAGUUCGUCUAACCAUAGUGUUCGGAGCACAGACUCGAGAGCUUCUCGACAAAAACGACAACAUAUUGAUUGUCCCGAAGACACCAAAAUUUUGACUCUUAACGUGAGUGGUAGGUGCUUUAAAAUCAAUGAAUACUUCCUUUCAAUCUACCCUAGUACUUUGCUUGGUAGUAAAGCGAUACUAUACUACUACGACAGAGUUAGAAACGAGUUCUUUUUCGACCGAGAUCCGGAUUGCUUUCGAUACAUUUGGAACUUUUACCACUCUGGGGAACUCCAUUGUCCACGGGAGGAAUGCCUCCAGUCGUUUUUGGACGAAGUGGCUUUCUUUGGUCUGGACGUAAGCAUGUUAUGCAAUUGCUGUUGGCAAGAAACUUUCGAGCCAGCGUACGAAAAGCUAACAAAACGAAAAGCAGAACAAGAGGCUGCUGAUAAAGAGGCAACUGAGGCUACACACCUUCUGAGGCCGGACGCGACUUUCAGGGAAAAAGUUUGGAUAACAUUGCAAGAGCCAUCUAUCUCGUUGAUCGCCAAGUUGUUCUACCUUUUGAGCGUUUUUGUGAUUGCUAUCAGCGUCGUAGCAAACACCGCGGAGACUAUUGCGUGUGAAGGCACGAUAAGAAUAUGCAAAGAGGAGAACGAGGAGACCUACUUCAACAUAGAUACGGCGUGCGUCACGUUUUUUACGUUCGAGUACGUUGCACGGCUCAUGGUCUGCCCACACCGUCUGAGAUUUUUCAUAAGCGUCAUGAGUAUCGUUGAUGUGCUGGCUAUUCUUCCGUAUUACAUUAACCUAUUGCUGGAAUAUUUGUCAGUUGGUGCUAGCUCGGGAAUGGAGGCCUUCGUGGUACUGCGAGUUCUGAGAACUCUCCGUGUGUUUAAGCUUUUACGCCAUUCCAAGCGCUUAAAGAAGUUACUCCAGAGUGUGAGAGAUUCGGCAGCAGAGCUUGGCUUGAUUGGGUUUGUUUACAUGGUUAUGGUCAUUUUGUUUUCCAGUAUUAUUUACUUUGCGGAGUUGUCGGAGGAUACGCAAUUUACCAGCAUACCGCAGGCCAUGUGGUAUGCAGUCAUCACAUCAACCACUGCUGGGUAAGUUAUGUAUUGUACGCGCGAAGUUAAUCUUAAACGAAAACAAAACUUUAUCGCGUCUAUUUGGACCCACUCAAUAUUUCAAAUGCAGGCGACGUUUCGUGGAGUUGAAUUGUUGAGGAUUUUAUUCAAGUUCAAAAAGAGGAAGGAAAAUUCUUCGUCGUAUGUCCACGUACUCCAUAAAAAGUCAAAUUAAGAGGUUUCACGUCGUAGUCGUGCAGUGGACGUCAAAGAAAUGUAUUAAAAAGCGUGAUGCACGUGCAGAGCUGUUGUUUUGAUCAUAAAAUCGAUUGUUUUUUGAAGCUGUCGUCGUCGUCGUUGUCGUCGUAGUUGCUUAAGCUCUUUAACACGGAAGCCGAAAUCUUGUGAUGCCUACUUCAAGUAACUUUUAGGCUGAAUGAUUUGAAAUAGUCAUUUUAGCUAUAUUAAUAAUACGUCUAUUGCAUUGUAUUAUUUCUAGGUAAAAGUGUCCGAUCCUUUAGGCACGCAGUAAGAUUGGACCCUUAAUAAAUAUGAUGAUAAUGAUGAUGAUGAUGAUGAUGAUGAUGUGCUUAUGUUUAUGUUUACCUCUUACUUUGUAAACAACCUUAAAAUGACAACAAAAACCUCUAAAAUCAAUGAAUUUCUCACCACCGCUUUGAUUUUUCGUUCUUUUCAAGUUACGGUGAUAUCAUUCCAGUGACCUUAGCAGGCCGUCUGGUGGGAAGCGCUUGCUGCCUGUUUGGUGUUCUGGUGAUUGCAUUACCCGUACCAAUACUGCAGAUCAAGGUAGGUUACUAU